UAUGAAACGGAAUACAAAGAAACUGUUGGUGCCUGCAGUGACUACACCAAGUACACGAGCGUUGAUACCUAUGAAAAUUUGCUUACAGUUAGACAACAAGUUAUAGGAAACAUCACUUCCUGUCAGUCAGUCACUGCAAAAUCACAAGCCUGCAAGCUAGACAUAGCGUUCCUAAUUGACGACACGGACUCGGUUAACGCCGCAAAAUUCCAGGAAAUGAAAGUCUUUCUCGAACUUCUUGUCAUGAAAAUGCUUGUUGGUAGCAAUGCAAUAAAUAUAGGAGUUGUGACAUUUGGCGACGGUGCAACUACUGCUUUUCCACUCAACCAGUACACAACAACAGGUGAAGUGAUAACGGCUAUAAGCAAUCUUGCCCAAGGAAGCACGGCCUAUAGUAGGACUCAGCGCUCUGUGGACAAAGCCAUCACAUAUACACUAUGGAAUUUUUUCACGGAAAGUAAUGGAGACCGCUCUGACGCCCAGAAUUAUUACGUUGUCCUAACAACAGGAGGUUCCUAUGGAUCGAAGGUUACAGAAAUUGGAACAGCACUGCAGUACAAUUCCAUGAUCGAUAUUUUUGUACUUGGUGCUAAUGUUCCUACGGCUGAUGACGCGGAUUAUCAGGGGGCUGUCAGCUCAGGGAGAUACAUGAAGGCUACCGACUUCACCGUCCAUCAGUGUGACAACACUGUGUUUACCACCAUCACUCAAUGUCCUCCGGCGGCUCCGCCCCCUGUUACUGUUGACUGCAAACUGGACAUGGUGUUUAUUGUUGAAAAUUACAACCUACGUUAUACAAAGAGAUUUGUAAUUGAACUGAUGAGGCAAAUCCCAGUUUCCUCUGACGGAGUAAGGGUGGGUUUUGUUCUAUAUGAUUCUGGGGCUUCAACAAUAUUUGGACUUACACAAUACACGACAUCGGCCGCCGUGAUAGCUGCAAUUGAAGCGAUACCUGAGACAAGUAGCUCUUACCAUUACGUAUAUAAAGGCUUAACUCAUGCAAGGGACAACGUCUUCACAGCUGCUGGGGGUGAUCGUGCAGAUGCGAACAACUAUUACAUUUUCAUUGUUGGGCCAUUUUACAGUGCUACUGCCGCUAUUGCAAGGGACGUCAGAAGCAGCGGAAACAACUACAUAUUUGCUGUCCAUGUUGGUGAUUCUUAUCAUACCGAGUAUCAGGAGUCUGUUGAUUCGUGUGGUGACUACACCAAGUAUACGAAUGUUGAUUCGUAUGAAAAUCUACUUACAGUAAGAGAGCGAGUUAUUGGAAACAUCACUUCUUGCCGAGCAAUAACGGAAUUAACUCAAGACUGUAAAAUCGACAUAGCUUUCAUAAUUGAUGAUACAAACACAGUCAACGCCUCAAAGUUCCAAGAAAUGAAAACCUUUCUUGUCAGUCUUGUCACCAAAAUGGUAAUUGGUGAUAAUGCGAUAAAAGUAGGGGUUGUGACCUAUGGUGACGGAGCAGACAUCGCUUUUACGCUGAAACAAUACUCUACAGUAGACCAACUGAUAACGGCUAUAGGAAAUAUUGCCCAAGGAAGCACUGCCUACAGCAGAAAUCGUCGCUCUGUUGAUAAAGCCAUUCUUCAUACAUUAUGGUAUUUCUUUACUAAGACGAACGGUGACCGUGCGGACGCCAGAAACUUUUACGUUGUUGUUACAUACGGAGGCUCCUAUCAAUUUAAGGAUGCGGCUUAUUGGGAAGCAUUACAUUACAAUUUCUUAAUGGACCUUUUUAUUCUUGGAGCUGGUGUUCCACCAAGCUAUGACUCGGACUUUGAGGGGGCAGUGAGUGAAGGACGAUAUAUAAAAACUACUGACUUUAUAGGACUUUCAUGCAACAGCGAAGUGGUCAUCUCCAAUAUCACUCAAUGUCAUACAGAAGAAGCGCCUACUAUUGCUCCACCAAGCUGCAAGCUAGAUAUCGUGUUUAUCAUUGAAAACUACAAAAUGCACUACACAAAAAGGUUUAUAACGGAGCUGUUGGAGGAGGUACCCGUUUCUUCUGACGGUAUUAGGGUAGGUCUCGUAACAUACGAUUCCACGGCAUCAAAAAAGUUUGGACUCUCUGACUACUCGACAUCUGAGACUACGAUAGGAGGAAUAGAAGGGGUGACGGAAAUAACAAGAUCGGAUCAUCUUGUAUAUCAAGGAUUAAUCGAGGCCCGGGACAACGUUUUCACUUCCGGUGGGGGUGACCGAGAAGACGCUAAUAACUACUAUUUCUUCAUAGUUGGACCAUUUGACAGUAAUACAGCCCCUAUUGCGAGAGACAUCAGGAGUAGUGGAAACAAUUAUAUAUUUGCUGUUCACGUUGGUGGAACCUACCAAACUGAAUAUCAAGAGUGCGUUGAUUCAUGUGGAAACUACACUAGGUACACCGAUGUUGAUGAAUAUGACGAUCUUCUAACCAUUAGACAGCAGAUCGUGGCAAAUAUCACUUCAUGUGAAGAAAUUAAGGAUAUAACACAAGACUGUAAAAUUGACUUAGCCUUCAUAAUUGAUGACACAGACACUAUCAGCGCAUCCAAGUUCCAGGAAAUGAAAACUUUCCUUAUUAGUCUUGUCACCAAAAUAGUUGUCGGUGACAAUGCAGUAAGAAUAGGGGUCGUAACUUACGGUGACGAUGCAACCACUGUUUUCCCCCUAAAACAGUACUCUACUGCAUCUGAUGUGAAAACUGCUAUUAACGGCAUAACUCAAGGAAAUGCAGCGUACGGUCGGGAUCGCCGCUUGGUGGAUAAAGCUCUUUUGUACACCCUCUGGAACUUCUUCACCAAAGAGAACGGAGAGCGUGAAGAUGCUAAGAAUUUCUACGUUGUUCUAACAUAUGGAGGUUCCUAUGGCAUGCAAGUGUCAGAUUAUGGAGCAGCCAUCCAGUACAAUUCAAUGGUCGAACUAUUCAUACUUGGUGCUAAUGUAUCAUCAAGCUUCGACUCUGAUUUUGAGGGUGCAGUAACUGAAGGAAGGUACAUGUCAGCCAGCAAUUUUAUAGAACUUCAGUGUAAUAGCAAAGGUCUGGUCUCCAACAUUACUGAGUGCCCCACAGAGGACCCUGUACCUCCUGCUACGCCCAAUUGCAAGCUAGAUAUAUUAUUUAUGCUGGAGGCUUCUGGUUCUUCUGCCGGUGCAAAAUUCAUGUACCUGAAAAGCUUUUUUGCCAACCUUGCACGGCAAAUCAGCGUAUCAUCAGACACCGUACGAAUAGGUGUCAUCACGUACGACUAUAAAGGAUAUAGACAAUUUGAUCUUCAAACACACACGACCAGUGACGACGUAAGUAAAGCCAUAAUGAAGAUACCAGAGGGUUCGAUCCAAAAGAACCUACUGGACAAAGCUUUAUUGUAUGCAAGAACAACCUACUUCACAGAUGCCAACGGAGAUCGCGCGGACGCAGCCAAUUACUAUGUCUUUUCCGUGGAUGGAAUAAGGGCUGGUUCUGCUAUACAAGGAACUGUUAUAAAUGCUAACUGGCCUGACCAGGUCUUUGCCGUUGAUAUAAACAGUACCUAUGCGCCGGAAUAUAAGGAAGCCGCUGGUGACAAUAGCCGUUACUUUUUUGCCUCCUCCUACGAGGACCUGUCAUCUAUUGAAGCUGCCGUUUUAUCAGCCAUUAGCAAGUGUCCGUCUCCACAAAUAACUACCACCACUGGUGUCUCCUUAAGAAACAAAGACGUCGCUGCUCCUUGUCUUAACAGUUUAAUAUAUAUGUAUCCAAAGGAUUUGACAGCAAACACAGGAGGAUCAAGAGGAAUGAUGUACCUGAUGACAGAUUAUGUAUUUAUAAUAACCACUUGCUCACGUAUCACGUCCUGGGAGUUUUCUUAUUCGAGGUCUGGAUGGAUAGAUUUUAUGGUGUGGAGACCUACUGGGAAUAAUUAUAAGCUGGUAGCUUUCAACACAAUUUAUGUUGAAGGUGUUAAUUCAACUGUGUACACUGUUGUGGAAUAUGAAAGGAUCGCUGUUCUUGAAAAUGACGUCAUCGGAUGGCGUUCCCUGGCUGAUAAUGAUGGUGGUAAUAUAAUCACAAACGGAGACUGCUUAGAUGAGUGUGCCAUUGGUUACCAGGCAUACUCGGCCCAAACUUUACAGAGAGGAGACGAGUUUGAUUGGAAAACGUCAGGCACCAUAAUAAAUACAACAGCCUAUGCUAUUAAAGCUUGCCUUGAAGACAAUACAAUCAUAUCCUUUACCAACACAAAUCAAUCGGCAGAAAUACCGGACCACUUACCCCCGGGUUCCUUUGUGAUGAUGUUGGAAGUGGGAGGGGCAGAUUACGCUGAAAACGUAACAUACACCGUCAUGCAACAUCCUUCUUCUCCUUCCUCUGCCGCAUAUUUCGUUGUAGAUGAAAUAGCACAAGUAACGGUAGCCAAAAAGAUGCACAGAGCUACCAUUGUCAAGGACUAUCUAUUACUGGUAGAAGCAAAGGAUGCGUGUAAUACUAGCGCCACAGUGACCCUUUCCAUAGAAUCACAAAAUAUGCCACCAGAAAUACUAGAUCUGCCAAAUUCCAUGUCUGUUGCCGAGGAGACGGGCGGAGAAACGGUUUUAUACUCCACAGUUGUGGAAGAUCCUUCAGGUGAUGAAGUUUGUUGCUUGUUAGAGACUGUAUUACCCAGUUCUACAAAUUUUAACGUAACUGGAAACUCAACUGCUGGUUCAUCACGUGGUAUAUUUUCCAUUUUGACCACUUCAAAUCCCGCCUUUUCUUACAAAGACAUUAACUCUUACAUGGUGAAACUCUGUUGUGACGACAGUGCAGAUAAAACUACAGGAAUAUUACUAGUCAAUGUGAAGAAACCAGCGAAAGCAGCUGGAUACGAACCACCAAAUUGGUUUAUGUUGUCUGUGGCGAUGUCCUGCGUCCCUGUCUUCCUUAUGGGAUUUUGUGCAUGUGUUGUGCUUAUUCACACAAUGUUUGUCGUAGGAUAAUACACAUACCUGAUGAUAAAUUUCAUUCUACUGACAAUAUUUAUUUUCGCACACGAAAUAUAUGCAUCGAAAGUGUUCAUCCGUUGAAAGGAAUUUGGUUAAAUCAUUCGAAAUUUUAUUUCGUUUUACUUAAGAUGUUUUUGUUGUUUUAUUUCUCAGUAUUUCAUUACAUUAUUUUUUUUAGCAGAGUGCAUUGGGUUCUAGUAAUUUGAUAUUUCUGUUGAAAGGAAAAUGGUUAAAUCCUUGACAUUUUAUUUCGUUUUACUUUAGAUGUUUUUGUUGUUUUAUUUCUCAGUAUUUCAUUAUUUUUUUAAAAGCAGGGGGGCAUUGGGUUCUAGUAAUUCAUUAUUAUAUUUGGUAUCUGUAUUUCAUUUAAAUUUUGAUUUUAUGUGAUCUCAAUUCUGCUCAUUGUUAUGCUUCAUAAUGUCGUUGAAAGAUUCUCAUUACUUGCUAUCAUUUAACUACAAAAUGCUUAUUUACUCGUA